AUGCGGUGGGGUGGGGGGUCGCGGGGGCGGCCGUCACGCUCGCGCCGCGCCCCUUCCCUUAUUAAAACCGAUCAUGACGUCACCUCCUUAAAGUCCUUAAAACUGGCCCACGCGCGCCUCGGUCCUGAGAACGAGCUCGUGUUCAGUCCAGCAGCAGCAGCAGCAGCAGCAGCAGCCACGCGCUCAGAUAACACCGUGGCACGGAGGAGAGGAGAGCUCCAGAGCGCCGCGAUCCACCGGCACCCGGAGAAUAACCUGCGGACGCACACCGGCUCCGACGGCAGCGGAUACGACUCUCAGAGCUCCAGCGCCGCCAAGACCAGAACAAACCAGAAACGUUCCCCAAAUCCACUUACACGAGCCAAAACCCUGAUGGCCCCCGCGCAGAGCCGAGCCGUAUGGGUGCUGGCCCUGAUCUCCGGUCUGUCCCUGCUCUCCUCCGCCUCAGACUGUGGACAGGACUGCGCCCGAUGUGUGUACGGCCUCCUGGGACAGCACACCUCCCUGCCUCCGCUGGCCUGUUCCAUGGAGUGUGGUGGUGCCUUAGACUCACAGACGCUGCGCUUGUGUCAGGAGACUCUUCUGGAGAGUGACAGCCAGCUCCCCCUAGAGGACAACACCCCCGAGCUGGAGGAGACCGCAGAGGUGUCCGUCAAAGAGGAGGAGGACACGCCCGAGCACCUUCUAGCCAAGAAAUACGGAGGCUUCAUGAAGCGCUACGGAGGCUUCAUGGCGCGCCGCUCCUCCUCCGCGCCAGAGGGGGCGCUAGAGGAGACCGCCAGCACAGACGGCCAGGAGAACCUCCGGAACGAGAUCCUAAAAAUCCUGAGCGCGGCCACAGCGCGCGGCGAGAGCGGAGCCGAGGCCGUCAAGAGGUACGGCGGCUUCAUGCGGAGGGGAGGGGCCCAGAGCGACGCGCUGGAGGCCAUCUUGGGGCGGGGCCUGGAGAAGCGCUACGGCGGCUUCAUGCGGCGCGUGGGUCGGCCCGAGUGGCUCGUCGACGGCAGCAAGAGCGGGGGAGUGUUUAAGCGCGCCUGGGAGGGCAGCCCGCUACACAAGCGCUACGGAGGCUUCAUGGACUAA